AUGCAGAGGCAGAGAGCAUCUAUAAGGAUGGAUAAGAGCUGGUUACAUGAGAAGAGAUCUUCAAUAAGGUACUUGUAUGGCUUGCAUAAUUUUCUCGAUUUUGCAUUUCGUACUGUAGCUGAAGGGAAUGAAAUAUUGUGUCCAUGUAAGAACUGUAAGAAUUGUAGUUGGGGUAAUCGAGAGGAUGUGUUUGAGCAUUUGUUUUGUGACGGAUUUGAUGCAAGUUAUAAGAAAUGGAUUUUUCAUGGAGAGGGACUAUCUUCAAGAAAACCCUAUGAUAAAAACCAUGAAAAAUAUAACUUGCACGAUGACUUGGAUGGGCUCUUAGAGGAUACUUUUAUUGAAAAGAAAUUUAGUAACGGUGAGUUUGAUGAUAUCUAUGAUGACGAUAGUGAAGAUCUUGAUGAGGACGCAACUAGGUUUUACAAAUUAGUACAUGAUGCGCAACAAGAAGUAUAUCCUGGUUGUAAAAAUUUCACUAAGUUAUCGAUCAUUGUUCGUUUGUUGCACAUUAAGAAUCUUUAUGGUUGGAGCAACUUGUCAUUUAAUAUGUUGCUACAACUAUUAAUUGAAUUGCUUCCUGAAAACUCUUGUUUACCAUCAACUUUCCAAGAUUGCAAGUAUAUCAUUAAGGACUUAGGUUUUAGUUAUGAGAAAAUUCAUGCUUGUCCUAAUGAUUGUAUCCUAUAUCGGAAGGAAUACGAGAAUGAAGAUACAUGUCCUAAGUGUGGUCUUUCUAGAUACAAAAAACGUGAGGUUCCAAAAUCUAACAGAAAAGUACCUUGCAAGGUAACUUCACCUCCCAUUCCAGCUAAAGUUUUGAGAUAUUUUCCUUUAAAACCAAGAAUCAAGAAGUUGUUUAUGUCUUCAAAAACUGCUCAUUUAAUGAAAUGGCAUCAUGAAGGUCGGACUAAAGAUGGAAAACUAAGGCAUCCAGCAGAUUCUAUUGCCUGGAAAACAUUCGACUCUCUACAUACGAAUUUUGCAUCUGAUCCUCGAAAUGUAAGGCUUGGGUUAGCGAGUGAUGGAUUUAAUCCUUACAAAACUAUGGGCAGCAAAUAUAAUAUUUGGCCGGUAGUUUUAAUGAAUUAUAACUUGGCUCCAUGGGAGUGUAUGAAACAACCUUACUUGAUGCUAUCUUUACUUAUUCCCGGUCCUUCUUCCCCGAAGAGAAAUAUUGAUGUCUAUUUGGAACCUCUAAUUGAUGAGUUAAAAGAGUUAUGGGAGAGAGGGUUGGAGUACAAGUGGAAAGUUGGCAUGCCCUGUAUGUAG